AUGUCUGCGAACGGGGCAACUAGAUCGACCAUACGCGCUGUCGACGUGUUUGGCCAGCACGUCGUGCAGCAGCUGCAGAGCUUUCGCUCGCGCUUCUCUGGCGGAGCAUCGAUACCGCCGCUGUUCGUGGCCAUGCAAGGCCCACAAGGAUCUGGGAAGACCACAGUGACUCGCGCUCUCAUUCAGUACCUCAACUCGUCCGGGCUCAAUGUCGGUAUCCUUUCGACUGACGACCUCUACCACACGCACGGAAACCUGCAUCGCGUUGCACAGGAGAAUCCCACCAACCCGCUCCUCUCCGGCCGCGGCCAGCCCGGCACGCAUGACACCGAACUAGGCGCAGACCUGCUAGACCGAAUCUAUACGAUCAAUAGCAAGACCCCGCAGAAGGUCAAGCUGCCCGUAUUCGACAAGAGCCUGUUCAACGGCGAGGGCGACCGUGUGCCAGUCUCGGACGCGAGUCCAGCGCUGCACUCCCGACUCGACGUCUUCAUCCUCGAAGGAUGGAGCAUGGGAUUCUCAACCAUCUCUGCUGCAGAAGUCGAGAGGAAAAGGAUCGCCAGCCCGCCAGACUCGCCUCUGAGCAGGUAUGAUGUCGAGGCCCUACACCAAAUCAACGAGAACCUCAAGGCGUACCGCCAAUGGUACGAGCACUUCAGCGUGUUCUUGCAAAUACAGCCGACCGAUUUGAAUAAUGUCUACAUCUGGCGCACCCAGCAGGAGCAUGCCAUGAAGGCAGCCAACGGUGGCCGCGGCAUGUCCGACGACGGUGUCAAGGCGUUUGUGGACAGGUACAUGCCCGGAUACUACCUUUUCCUGGAUACGAUCCGGGAGAACGAACAGUGGAAGGGCAGAAGCAAGACCAUCACCAUCGAUCUCGACCGCACCUGCGUUGCCGCAGAAGACUGGUAA